GCCAUGUUUUCUUUUGCUGAAAUAAGAGAUUUAUUAACAAGAGAUAAAGUAUCAUUUUUAAUGAAUCUCUUAGUCUAAAACAUUCAACAAGCACAAUCCAUUCUAUAAAUAUGAUUCCUCUAGUCCUUGCAGAAGGGAUAUUCUCAUUCAAUGGAUUGUUGCAGUAAAUAUUUAUAUUAUAAUUAGCAAUCAUCUCAAUUCAAGCAUUCAAUAAAAACCUUAGAACUGGCAGUGCUUAUAAUUGAUACAUACUUAAAUUAUUUUAAUAUCACAAUAGAGUACUUACAACUGUUAGGAAUCUCAGCAUAUUCAAUUGCCUCUAAAGUAAACAUGUAUUUUUAUCAAAUUAGUUUAAUGAAACAGAAAUCAUGUCUUAAAUUAAAUUGUACAACCAAGAAAGCUAGCCCUUAUACAAGGAUGAGGAAUAUGAUGAAAUGGAAGAGUAAAUUCUAAAAGCUAUGUCAUAUUAAUUAAAUCUUAUUACUACAUCAGAUUUUUUAGUAGCUAUGAAUGUAGAAGUUGAUGAAAAUGUCUAGAAUUUAUUGAUGUUCAUUCUUAUAGGUAUAAUAAUCUCAUAAUAUUUAUAUAGACUUUGAAAUUUAUCGAUAUUCUCAUUUUGAAUUAGCUUUAGCAAUUAUGCACUACCAGAAUGAUACAAGGGUUGAUUUUUCAUAGAAAAUUCUAAAUGUAUCUUAAUUAAUUCAUAAAAAAUUAAUUAAAGCACAAGAAAUCUAAUCUGAAAAAAUUGAAUAAGAAGAUACUAAAUCUAUGGAGAGAAGUCCCUUAAUUCAUAAAAAGAUUUCUAAAAAAAAAGAAUCUCAAAAACAAAGAUUAAUGUAACAACAGAAUUGA